AUGAACAAGAGUUCAUUAAUAAUAAUUGCAAACACACACAGUUUAUUUCUUUAUUAAUUUGCAAAACUAAUUUAUACUAAUUUACAAAUAUAUUAGAGAUUAAAGAUCUAAAACAAAAACUAUUAUUUUAGCAUAAAACAUUUUUUUUAUAAAUUUAUUUUUAGAGGUUAAUAAAGCAUUAAAGGAACAAACAUUUUACUUGAAAGUAACAUGUUUUUACAGGCACUGAGAAAUAAAUCAAACACGCAAUUAACUGAUCGAAAGAGCAUAAUACAAGCAUAACCAAGCGUUCCUAGUAUAAAUUCGAUAGAAGACAAAGAGCUAGAUAAAAAAAAUGAAAUUUUUAAAAAGAUAUCUGUGGGAAUAGCAAGAGCUGUGUUAAGCCAAACCCAUGAAGAGGAAUAAAAAAGCAUGCAGUAAAUGAAAGAGAAAUAGCAACUUGAGAUGGAGAAAUAUAAUUAAAACCAUAAACCUUCGUUUGGUACAAAGAUAUACAAUAAUCAGUUGAUCAAAGGCAUUACAGUAACGAUUGAACCCUUGAGUAAAGAAUAAAGAACUCAAGCAGAGUAAAGGCGAAUGAUAAACGAUGUAUUUUCUCAAGUAGAAUCUAUUUCAAAGCUCCAAGGUCUUAAGCCUUCAUUUACAAAUUUACCUUAAGAUAAUUAAAAGUUACCUCUUUUGCCAAUUAAUUCGCCAGUAAGUUUAAAGCAAACCUUUUUGUAAAGACAAGGUUCUUUAGACCAUAAUUCUAUAAAAAUGGCAAAGCAUUUAAUGUAAGCUAACUUAAUGUAAUAAGAUUUAACUUAAAAGAGCUAACAAAAUCAGCAAAUUUUCGGAUUAACCCAGCAAAACUAGCAAGGAUAAUACUAAUAGAAUUAAUAUUAAUAUCAAUAGCAAUAGCAAUAACAGUUGUAAUAAGUAAAUUAGUUUUCUGGUAAUUAGUAAUAAUAGCAAAACAACUAUAGAAAAAACAACUAAUUUAAUCCUUUUGGAGGACCUAACUAGGCACAAUCACAGUAUUAAAAUCAGUAGUCCAAAAAGAUAAAUGCCAUCAAAGGCCAAGAACAGAAUUCAUUUGAUGAGGAUUUUAAUAUUGAAAUGCCGAACUACCAAAGGUACAGGACCUUCUUUUUCAAGCCACUAGAAAGAGAAAACAUGUUUGAAGGGAUGAAAUACAUUUAAUAUGAGCAGUACAUAAGAAAAGAUGAAUAAAUGCAGAACGUGAUGGUCCUUGAUUUGACAAAGAUUCUUUCAGAUAAGUGUUACACAUUUAAAACAUGUGUUGCAGAUAAAAAUAAGAUGAAAAGAAUAUUUGGAUCUCUCAGACCUUAGCUAAAGUUAGAAGUAAAUAAAAGAUUGGAAGAAACGAUAAGCUUAUUUGAAUCGAUAUCUUUUUUGUUGAUGAGAGAUUUCAGGGAUAACCUGCAGGAUGUUGGGAUAGGAGAAUCACCUUUAGAGUUACAUAAAGAAAUAAGAACUUAAAAUUUGAAUAUAAUAUUUAAGAAUAUGCACAAAAAUUUUUACAUUGAACAUGUUUUUAAUUAAAUUUAUGAUGAAGAAUUUCAAGAAAAGUUUAUGGAAUAAACACUGUAAGAAUAGUAUGAGAUUUUAGUUACAAUUAAAAAGAAUUUAAAAACACUUUGUGAAAAAAUUCAGCAGAGGAUUGAACUUUAUUAAAAUCAUCAAGAUAUUUACUAAAUGCAAUAGUUUAAGCUGGAAGAUGAUAGUGAUUUCAAAGAAUAUUUAAAGUCAAUUGAGUCAAUUAUUCACCAGACAAAAUAACUUCCAUCAACUCAGGUUGUUUUGGAGAAAAAGAAAAAUCAAAAGAAACCUAACAAGAAGAAAAAAUUACUUGAUGACUCUUCUUUUGAGAGUAAUAAGUCAAUAGAAAUAUUGUAUGAUGUUUUUAGGACAAAACCCAUACAAACUGAAGCCAAGGAACCAUCUAAAAAUGAAAUGUAAGUUAGAAGAGUUGGAGGAAGCGUUUUAGUUUAAUCUCAGUAAUAAGUUUAACAGCCAACAGUACCAACAAUUUAGCUUGUGAAUACUCCUUAAAAUUAAGCAGGUUUAGUUAAGCAAUAUUAAGGAGAGUAAACCAAUUAAGCUAAUACUAGUUAAGUUUAAGAUUCUAAUUAAACACCAUUCAGAAGAAAGAUUUUGAGGAACUUUGACUCACAAUAAAGCACACCUCAGAAUCAGAAGCCAUUGAUUGAAUUAACUCAUGCUGAUUCAAGUAACAUGAACAAUAAUGAAGAAAAUAAAAUCACUAAUUAAAAGUCUUUGUUUUAGAAUCAGUCAAAUUUAAUGCAUUCAUAGCAACAGCAAUAAAACCUAUAAAAUUUUUCACAACAAUAAUCAUAAUUUAAUCCAAACACACCAAUUAAUAAUUAGCAGCAGUAACAAUAAAUUUAGCCUUAGCAAUAACAGUAAUAAUUGAGAAACUUAUAAAAUACUCAGACAACAAAAGCAUAAGGUUAAAAAAAAAUAGAAUUCUUGGAAACAAAUAAUAAAUUAAUGCAAGAACAGCACCAACCAUAUAAAAAAAUGGUGAUAAAAGACAUGGGAGACGAGUACCUUGUAUUCGAAGACAAUCUCUUUUUAUAUGAGAAAACCUCAGAUUUCAUGAGAGACUGCAUAGAUUCUUAUAGAAUUAUGUGUAGGCAAAAAGAAUUUAACAAAUUUGAGGAUUACUCGUUAAGGAAGUUUCUUAGGUAUUGCACCAAAGUAAGGUUUAACAUCUCCGAAUUGGUUGAAUAAUUUAGAAACUAUGAAAAAUCGAUCGAGCAAAAGUUUUAUUGGAAAUCAAUUAUGUCUAAAACAAUGUCCAGUACAAUGAAUUUUUAGUCUGCUUAAAAAUACAUUUUCAGGACAACUACAGCUUCUUCAAUGUAAUCUCCUUCAAAAUUUUAAUCUCAAGAUUCCUAAGAGAACGUUCAUGUUGAGUCCAAAAAGCAAAGGAUAGGAAGAUUGUAGUCAGUUUUAUCUGAUAAAUUUAAUUUUAGUAAGAGACAGGCACAGACAAGGGAAUCAAAAGUAGAACUUAACAAUUAGAAAUUUGAACAAGAAAAGUAACUUUUAAUGGAUAGUCAUCUUGCUCCAGAGGAAGUCACUCACGUGAUAGCGGACAAUAGAAGAAAAUUAGCUUUGUAGCGUCUAAGGAAUCCUUUUAUAGAGCCUUUUGUAUUAUUAAUUAAUUAAAAUUGUCAAUUAAUUGUAUAAAAAAUUAAAAUAGAAAAAAAAGCCUUAACUCCAGUAAAGCUAAUCUUAGAAGAAUUUAAAUUAGAAAGGAAAUUCAAAAGCAGAAAGUUAACAAGGUCAAAUGUAAGAAGAAAAUAAACAAAAAUUAGGAAAUAACAAGAUAUUUACAAAUAACCAGUAUCGAUGAUGGUCUAAUUAGUAUUUAUGUAUUUAUUUAUGGUAUUUUUAAGGCAAUAAAUGAUAGAUUUUAGCAAUACUUAUCAAUCUUUCUCAAAAAAUCAAAUUUACAAACAAAUGAAUUCUAUUUAUGUGUAUUUCAUUCUAAUUUGUAUAUGA